CAGAAAGCCACAGAGACCAUUUUACACCUCUGCGUUUCUUUCAUUCUGUUGUCCGUUCUCCAAGCUUUGAUUUCUCCUUGUCGUUUGGUAUCUGUCUCCAUUGUUGGGUCCGUUUGAGAGGGAAUCAAACUAAACUAAAACAAUACCCGCCAUUUCGCCGAAUCUCUCGACUUCCCAAGCUCGCUCUUGUGCCGCCACCAGGUUCGUUUAAAAAAAAAGGAGAAGUCUUUGGAUUCUUUCUCACCUAUUUUGGAAUUCUGCUUAGAGCAACAAGAGUUCAGUCUCCUCGGGGGCCUUUGAUUCCCUGCCAUGGACAAAUGGCUUCCUUCAAUUCCCCAUCUGGGUUCUCUCUAUAUAAAACUGGCUCGAGAGAGAUUCAAGAGAUUAUCAGUCGAUACCACGAUGUUCCGUCGGAAGGCUAAUAAUGCUAACCAGGAUCCUGAGAAUGAUCCUCAGCAGCAAGAGGCUAAGAUCAACGAGCUCAAGGCCGCCAUAGGUCCUCUAUCUGGCCCGAGCUUGAAGUAUUGCAGCGAUGCAUGCUUCAGAAGGUAUCUGGUAGCGCGAAACUGGAAUGUGGAGAAAGCCAAGAAGAUGUUGCAGGAAACUCUCGAGUGGAGGUCGAGCUAUAAGCCCGAAGAAAUCCGUUGGGUAGUCCCCAUAUCUGUUAUGCCAUUCGUGCUCGAGUUUUCCAUCUGUAAUGUGAUUGGAGAGCUGAAUUCUGUGUUUGAUUAUUUUACUUACAGCCCCAAGUUGCACACGAAGAACACGAAAUCAUUCGAGAACCAAAUCCGCCAUCUGGUUUACUUGCUUGAGAAUGCAGUUCUCAACCUGCCAGAGGGCCAAGAGCAGAUGUCUUUCCUCAUCGACUUCACAGGCUGGUCGAUCACCAACAACGUGCCCAUCAAGACAGCGCACGAGACCGCCUCGAUUCUGCAGAACCACUACCCCGAGAGGCUGGCAGUCGCGUUCCUCUACAACCCUCCGAGGAUCUUCGAAGCGUUCUGGAAGGUGGUGAAGUACUUUUUGGAUCCCAGGACGUUCCAGAAGGUGAAGUUCGUGUACCCGAAGAAGAACAAGGAGAGCGUCGAGGUAAUGAGAUUGCACUUUGAUGAUCAGAACUUGCCAGCUGACUUUGGAGGGCAAGGUGACUUGCAGUAUGACCAUGCCGAGUUUUCGAAGAUGAUGAUUCAGGAUGAUGUGAAGACGGCUUCUUUCUGGGGGCUUGAUGCUGCAAAGUUGAAUGGUGUUGAGGUUGCUCCUACUGAGUCUUGAGUAUGAGAUUAAUGGGGAGAACUGCAGUCUAGCUAUUAGCUAAGCUAAGCAGCUCUGUUUGAGUUGAUAUAUUAAUCCUGCUUGACUUCUUGCUAGUCUAGAAGAGAAGAAGGGUGACCCCUUUCUCCGAGCUAUUGCAUUUCUCUUUUCCCAAUUGCUGUUUGCAUUAUCUAAUUUUAUCAAUCCAAUGUGACGAUUUAACUGGCUAAUUCGAUUUAAACUUGACCAACUGAAAGGUGGCGUAUGACUCGAUAAACCGAUUGAGAUUUAUCAGUAACUCGAGUUCAUUUGAUCCAGGUUUGUAUUAUGU